AGGGGAAUAAUAAUUGUUAAGUUACACCGUGGACAAGAAUUGAGGCCAGAAAAGGUAUUGGGAAAGACCAUGCAAAAUGGUCACCUGCUGCAACUGUGACCUUCAUGUAUGAACCUGAGAUCUAUAUAAAUGAAGAUAUGAUGGAAACAUUGACACUUGAAGAGAAAACAAGUUUGGUUGAGAGUAGUCCUACCAAAGUCUUUGACAUUGAUCCUAAUACCCAACAGGUUGUAGUGGUCGAUCCAGAAGUAUAUACAUAUGAUGGUGAAGUGUUAAAGAAACUCGAAGCUAUGGGUAAGCCUGGGCUUAUUGAGAUACAUGCGAAAGAAGACAGUUUCAUUUUCACUGUUGAAUCUACUGGUGCAAUUAAAGCUUCUCAGUUGUUGCUUAAUGCCAUAGAAGUCCUCAAACAAAAGCUUGAUGCUGUUCGCCUGUCUGAGGAUACUGUGAAAGCUGAUGAUCAAUUUGGUGAACUCGGUGCUCAUACGCGAGGAGGACGGUCAGUAUUAAGCAGAACCUGAUCGACUGAGCUGUGGUGGGGCGAGCAAUGUUAGUACACUAACUUAAUGUCCUUUUUAAUGUACUUUAGAUGUUAAUUUGUUUUUUGCUUAGCUUGAUUCUGGGUCUGUUUCAUCUAAUUGACUACCAUCAUCGUAGCAGAACUGUCGAACUCAUCCGUAGACGUGCUACCUGUUUGCAUGGUUUAGCAUUUGUUUUGGCCUGUAUUGUAUCACUUGUUUUACCUUCGUCAACAGCUGAAAUCUCUGUGAAGUGGCAAAGACGUUUAGGGUGCAGUGCUUUUUAGGCAUGCGCUUUAGUAAUAAUAGGUUUUUUAAAUG